GUCGACGGUAUACCGCGGCGGUCAUCACCACCUCGCACAGUCACAUAAAUACACAUACACACACACCCACACACACAAUCACCCGUCGAUACGUAUAUAUAAGUGCGCACGCGUGCGAUACGUGAUUGUUUUUAUUUAAUUUUGAAAAAGCUAAUAUUAAUAUUUAUAUUUUUUUCCACACAUAUAUUUUUUGACUAUCUACCGAGUGUUUUUUGUUCGCAUUUUACCAUAUAAUAAAAAAAAACUUCGCCGAGUGUUGUCGACGGGACUCGAUCAUAAUUUUUUUGUGUUAAGUGUCGCUCGGUGUAUCGAAAAGCGCGAGGUUUUUUUAUUUUUGAGUAUUUUCAAAGCGCUUAAGGACAAAUCGUCGCUUUCCUUGUUUUGUUUGUCGGUUUUUUUGGGUUUCGAUCCGAUAAUGGACACAUACGAAACGGUGUGCGUCGACUGCCAACGUGAACACUGUCGACGGAAAUCCGAACCGGAGGUCCGUAGUCGUCGACGUUUCAGACCGGCCUACGACCGUCGACGCGUGUGCUCUAGCACUCUUUUCAUCGCUGGUUCGUUUGUCAUUGGCUUGAUAAUGAUGCCCUGUGCAAUGUCCGCCCCCGUGCCACUGACGUCUCAAUCGCAGUCUCAACUGCAUCUGUCGACCGCCUCGGCUACCACAGACGACGCGGCGACUCAACCGACGGGCACGCCGUUCUGGUUCAACCCUUGCGGCAUGCAAAUGAUGAUGGAAGACACGACGGCCACACCCUGCCCACCCGGCGUCAACUGCAACGGCGGCGGCGGUUCCGGCGCAAUGGCCGGCAGUGGCGGUGGCAGUGGCCACGAAAUGAUGGACUCAGAACCGCGAAGGCUGGUGGACGUCAUCGAAGGCGUCACCGUGUCCGCCAGCAACGCUCUCAUGCACGCCGAACAGUUUGCCGGAUCAUUCGUCAGCGAUACGUUCCACGUGGACGUCAAACAGCACCACGACGUGUGGAAAGACACGGCGCUCAUGUGGUUACAACAGGCCGAGUACAUGCCCAAGGAGUUGGACGAACCGCUGGACGAGUCGUACCUGAGUAGUCUGACCAUCAAGGACGUGUUACACGCCGUCAACGUGGGCUUGCAACACUUGGCCGUCGGUCUGGAACAGGUGUCCUGGGACCAGGACAGGGACCGGCAGCCAUUCUCCAAGGAUUUCAAGGAAGCCACGUUCAAACUCCGAGCCGUGCUCUGCGAGAUAUCGGUGGCUUUGAUCGAGAUAAACGAGACUGUGCCCGCGCCCGUGUCCCGGGACAUCAUGCCGGUCGAGUCCAGGAUAUCGACGGACAACAGGUCGCUCAGGGAUUGGCUGAUACUGCGGGAGUACAUCACCAGCCUGCAGUACAUCAUCCAGGUUUUUGAGUUUCUCAAGUCAAAAAAAUAAUACAUCCCGGCUCCUAGCAGGCGAACAGGAGCAACACCAUCGACUAUAACGUUAUACCACCGCCUCAACAACAGCCACUGGCACCGCCGCCACCGCCGUAUACAACCGCUAAUGCUUAUCAAUGGCGGCGCGCACUAGUGGCUUAAGUCAUCGAUAACCACCGCAGCCACUUUUGGGCCUCCCACUAUUAUUUAUUGAACUUUUUU